CUCGCGUCUCUGGACAAUGAUAUGAUCCACCCCAGGAUCCGUGGUAGUUCACCCGAGUCCAAAGUAUCCUCCACCCGGCCACCACCGAGCCCCAACCCCACAGGCUGCCCCGCCAUGUCCCUGGCCGACGUCCAGAAUCCCCACACCCAGCAGGACCUCGAGUACCACCGCUUCGCCAUCCACGAGCCGCUACCACUACAGCAGCAGCAGCAGCACCACCACCACCACCACCACCACCACCACCACCAACAGCAGCAGCAGCACGGCGUGCGCCUCGCCACCUCCAGUCUCCACGCCCGCACCAUGCCGGACUUCCUGUCGCAGCAGCCAUCGCCCCAUGCCCGCAUGGCCACCACCCCGCCCCACCAUGAGCCCUUUCCCUUUUACCACCGGUCCGAGGGCAUUCUCCUGGGAUCGCCGCCGAGCCUGCAGGCUCAGCUGGCCAUGUCGGUGGGGACCAGCCUCGGGCAGACCCCGCAGGCGGUUGGCCACCUGUCUGCCUUCCACCAGCCGGUGGGCGCCAUGACGCCCGCCAUGCAUGGCGGCGACCCCGGGCCCGGGGGCUUCCCCACUCCGUCCAGCACCGGGGGCGAGGCCUUUCGCCUGGUGGACUUGUCCUCGCGCAUGACCAGCCCCACCACCAUGAGCCCGUCGGACAUGAGCCCCGGCGCGCGGCAUGUGGCGCCCAUCGACGGGCCCGGGCCCAAGCCCAUGCCACCAGUCCCCGGGGACUUCGGCGGCGGCGGCGGCAGCAGCAGCAGCAGCAACAGCCUGGCUGGCUUCGGCCUGCGGCUCAAGGCCCUCCCCGACCACCCGCAGGAGGAGCCUGUCGGGAGCCGCGGCGCCGGUGGUGCGGCCGACGAUUUUGCCCACCUCGUGAGCCCGGGCCCCAAGCCCGGGUCCAGUGCCCGUGGCCGUGAUGCCAAUCGCUCCCUCUCGGCCAGCAAGGCCAAGAGCAGCAGCGCUUCGGUCAAGUCGGCGGCCGCGGCGACGGCCGCGGCGGUGGUGGCCGCAUCGACCGCAGCGGCGGCCGCCGCGUCUAUCGCACCGGCCCCGCUGCCCGGCAAGCGGCGCAACCACAAUGCCAGCGAGCGCCGGCGCCAGCAGAACAUCAAUGACGGGAUUGUCCGCCUGCGGCGCAUGGUCCCGGCCUGUCGGCUGAGGAGCAACCGCUCCAUCGGCGGUAUCACCGGUAGCUCGCAGGCUCCCGGCGGGCCGACCGGUGGCAGCCAUCCCGGCCCGGCGGCCGGCGACUCGUCCGCCGACGAGCUGGACUCCGAUUCGGAGAACAUGGGCCCGACCACGGCGCCGCGCGUCAGCAAGGCCACCGUGUUGACCCUCAGCGCGGAGUACAUUCUCCAGCUGCAGGCCGCGGUGGAGGAGUUGUCGGGAUGCGUGCGCGAGCUGGGCGGCUCGGUGCCGCCGGCCCUGGCCAGUGCGCUUUUUGCCCCCGGCGGCCGGGUCGGCACGGCGGGGUCCCUUUGUGGGAAUGGCGCCGGGCCUGGCGACGGAUCGGCCACCUCCUCCCCCGGGCCUCUGGACUCUCCCCCCGGUGUCCCGGGUCCCAUGGCCCAAAUGCAGCAGCAGCAGCAGCACCAGCAGCAGAAGCAGCAUGCCCCUUCCGCUCGGGCCCCUACAGAUGGCGUGCCUCACAUGGGUCCCACUGAUCAUCAGGGUGGCCAGCACGCACGGGCCAUUGCCAUGAUGGCGGCGGCCGCGGCCGCCGCGGCCGCCGCCGGGUCCCAGCCAAACGACUCGCAGCUGAAGGCCCUCUUCCAUGCCCAGCAUCAGCAGCAGCAUCAGCAGCAGCAUCAGCAGCAGCAUCAGCAGCAGCAGCAACAGCAGAUGGAGUCCCACCCUCGCUCGCCGCGCACCAAGGCCGCCAGCAGCAACGUCAGCGCCAGCACCAUGGCCUCGCAUGGCGGGGACUUCCUCCCCCACAUCGGCGGACCGGGGGGCGGCAAUCUGGCCAUGGCGGCGGCCGCGGCGGCGGCCAUGGCGGCGGUUGCCAAUGGCGCCGAGGGCGGCGGUCCCCUGCUGGACUUCAGCGCGUCCGACGCCGGCGGAGUGGGGUAUCUGCGCUCGGUGCAUCCGACCACUGCGGCGGCGCACCUCGCCGCCAUGCAGCAGGGCAACACCGGCACCAGCAGCAACGUCAUGAGUGGCGGCGGGUACCUGCGCAGCAACGCCCCGCUGGCGUCCCACUUCGCAUCAUCCCCCCCCGGCAGCACCAACGUCAUCGGCCACUCGGCGUAUGGGCAAUUCUCGCAAUCGCUGCAGCUCGAGGCAACCCUCGGGCUCGGGGGCGGCAUGCAGCAGCUGGCUGCCGCCGGGCAGGCCCCCAGCGCCGCCGACACCAGCACCAGCAGCUGGAAGCACCUUCUCCAUCAGCAGCAGCAGCAGCAGCAGCAGCAGCAGCAGCAGCAGCAGCAGCAGCAGCAGCAGCAGCAGCAGCAGCAGCAGCAGCAACAGCAGCAAGCAGCCGCAAUGGGCCUGUCUCCGGGUAGCCUGGCGGCGGCGGCGGCGGCGGCGGCGGCGGCUGCGGCGGCUGCGGUCAACCCCUCCCCCUCGCCCUCGUACUACCUCCCUGGUGGCGGCGGCGGCCUGGAGUCCAUCCCCGGCGGCGGGCCGCUCGGGCCGGACUCGCUCGGUGCCGCUGCUGGCAGCGUCAUCAACAACCAGAAGGGCUUGCCGCCGGCCGCCUCCCCGGGCGCGAUGCAUCACCACUACCGCACCGCCAGCGGCGGCGGCGGCGGCAGCGGCGGCAGCAGCAGCAACAUCAAUGUGUCGACUCUGGCGGACCGGAUCACCAUCGAUGUGCCCACCCCAUUGCUCCUCAAUGCAGGUCAUUCUUCGCCCACGUCUGCGGGUGCCUUCGCCUCGGAGCACUCGCCGCAAGGCAGUUUUGUGCAGAUGACCUCCGGCCCCGGGAGCAACGGUGGCAUCGGCGGUCGUGCUGCCGGCGGCAACCAACAGUAGCUCCACCUGCGCACAUAUGUAAAUACCUCCCCCCCCCCCUCUCCCUCUCCCUGCCCACCUUGUGCCCCCUCUCCCGGCCGGCCGGUAGUGUGCGCGCGCACAGGUGGGCACACAACAAUAUAAGCCAUUCAUCGUCCCCCCCCC